AACUCUCUCUCUAGACUCUACUCGACGACUUCGACCACUGCUCAGAGCGAGCAGCAGAACACAACCUAGACACCUCGACCUCCCCCUUUCUUCCACGCACACACAAUGUCGGCUCCCGGCGGCGGCGGCGCCUACUCCUUCUCCCUCACCACCUUCUCGCCCUCUGGCAAGCUCGUGCAGAUCGAGCACGCCCUGGCAGCCGUUGCGGGCGGCACGACGUCGCUCGGCAUCAAGGCAACCAACGGCAUUGUCCUCGCGACCGAGAAGAAGGACGUUUCGGCCCUGCUCGACACGUCAGUGAUCGAAAAGGUGGCCACCAUCUGCCCCAACAUUGGCUUUGUCUACUCUGGCAUGGGCCCCGACUUCCGCGUCCUCGUCGCCAAGGCGCGCAAGAUUGCCCAGGCAUACUGGAAGGUGUAUGGCGAGUACCCUCCCACCAAGGUGCUCGUGCAGGAGGUUGCGGCGGUGAUGCAGAAGGCGACGCAGUCAGGUGGUGUCCGCCCAUACGGCAUCUCGCUCCUCAUCGCAGGCUGGGACGCACACCGCGGCCAGUCGCUGUACCAGGUCGACCCGUCGGGCUCGUACUGGGCGUGGAAGGCGAGCGCAAUCGGCAAGAACAUGGUCAACGGCAAGACGUUCCUCGAGAAGCGCUACAACGACGACCUGUCCCUCGAGGACGCCAUCCACACGGCCCUCCUCACCCUCAAGGAGGGCUUUGAGGGCCAGAUGACGGCCGAGACGAUCGAGAUUGGUAUCGUGACCGUCCCUACUGCCGACCAGCUCGUCGCAAAGUCUGGAGAGCGCCUCGCCCCCACAUUCCGGAAGCUCACAGAGCAGGAGGUCCGCGACUACUUGUCGCUGUGAGGUGGGAUCGAUAGUAGAGAGCACCGGUAGUAGUAUGCAGCAUAUGACAUGA